AUGCAACUCCUCCACCACUUCCAACACGCGACGGUCCCCACCCUCUGCUUCGCCGAUGUCUGGGCGUCCGUCCUCCCGCUCGCAUUUCGGGCAGAGUACCUCAUGACGGCCAUCCUCGCCGUGUCAGCGCGGCACCUCGGCACCCUCAGACCAGAGAAUACCGUGUACGGAGAGGCGAGCCUGGCCCUGCUAUCUCGUAGCUGCGCGCUCUUCGGCGCCGAGCUCGGCCGGGACGACAGGGCUGGGGAAGGGUACGACUCGCUCUUUUUCACGGCGCAGCUUAUACACUAUCUCACGUGGUGUAAUCUCGAGUUCAUCGAUGGCACUGGCGACACCGACACCCCUCUAGACCUGUCCCGGGACCAACUCUUCCUCCUCAGCUCCGGCGCACGAGUCUUCCUCUUCGGGACGCGGUCGCAGGAACAAGAAAGCAUCUUUGCCAAAGCAUGGCAGGACGCCCCGUGCGACGCUCUCGACAAGAUUGUAGCGGAACAGAGCAUGGAUCGUGGUCCGAUACAGAGAGCCUUUAUGAAUCAAUACGAUGACAUGACACCCAGAGGUCAAGGCAUCGCCACCCCGGAGCACCACAGCAUCGCGGAACGUCAACGCGCCGCCUUCGCCGGCAUCGUAGAACGGCUGUCCGUCAUCAUGGCCCUCUGGCAACACCGCAGCACGAAUCCCCAGCCCCCCGCGACGCCCGACCUCGAGCGGUACAUCCUCGCCUUCCCGCUCUUCUGCUUCGGCCCGCUCCUCGACAUGAUUGUCGCAAACGAUUCGAGGGCGUUGCUUUUACUGUAUCACUUUUACGAGACCUCGCGAUUGCUUCUCGGCGAGGAGGAGCGGGAAGCCACGUGGUGGGCGUGUGACAGACUCAGUGCCAUGCCAAAAAUGCUUGAGCAAGAGUUGCGUAGGCGGGGUAUACCUACAGUUCCCUUUGGCGAUGUGAUCCGGGUCUUGGGAUGA